CGCCAGAUUCCCUCCGCACCAGCAUCACUGUUAGGGCCCUUCUCACCGGCGCCGGCACCGGCUUCGUGGCAAAAGCCCCCGAGCGCCCGGCCCUGCCCUGCUCGGCCGCCCCGUUUUCCCCAACCCGUUUCGAGGCACGGUCUGGGGUGCUAUUGUUCCUGUUCUUCCCUCCGCAGGACAUCCAUCAUUGUCGUGCAUUGUGCGGCCAUUCUCACAGAUCACAAUCACCAUGGGCGACAGGGUCAUCAGCGCACAAGAAGUGCUCAAGCACAACACCGCAGAAAGCUGCUGGGUUGUCCUCUACGGCAACGUCUACGACGUCACCGACUUCCUGCCCUCCCACCCGGGCGGCUCCAAGAUUAUCCUCCAGCUUGCCGGCACCGAUGCCACCGAGGAGUACGACCCUAUCCAUCCGCCCGGCCUGCUUGAGGAGAACCUCAAGCCCGAGGCCAAGCUCGGUCGUCUUGACCCAGAGACAAUAGUCAGCACCGCUACCAAGGCUCCCCCGAAAGAAGAGCCGACCGAGGGCCCUCCGCCGCUCGAGAGCCUGCUCAAUCUCGACGAAAUCGAGGCCCUGGCCGCAAAACAAAUCCCCGAAAAGGCCUGGGCGUACUACUACUCCUCUGCCGACGACACGUUCUCCAAGAGCUACAACAAUGCAGUCUACCGCAACAUCCUCCUCCGGCCGCGCGUCUUCCUCGACGUCGUCAAGUGCGAUUCGUCAAGCACAAUGGUUGGCCAAAAGAUCGAUGUGCCGUUCUUCGUAGCCCCGGCCGCGAUGGCCAGACUGGGCCACCCGGACGGCGAGGCCGGCAUCGCCCGUGCCUGCGCCAAGUUUGGCGCCUGCCAGAUCAUCUCCAACAACGCCUCCAUGACGCCCGAGCAGAUUGUCGCAGACGCGAAGCCGGGCCAGAUGUUUGGCUGGCAGCUGUACGUGCAGAACGACCGGGCCAAGAGCGAGGCCAUGCUCGCACGCAUCAACGCCAUGUCGGACCGCUUCAAGUUCAUCGUGCUGACCCUGGACGCCCCCGUCCCGGGCAAGCGGGAGCUCGACGAGAAGCAGAACUUCAAGGGCAGCUUCACCGUGGCGUCGGGCGUCAAGACCAAGGACGAGGGCGCGCGCCCCGGCGGUGGCGGUGUCGGCCAGCAGCUCUUCUUCGGCACGGCCGCCGAUCUGACGUGGAAGGUCACGCUGCCGUGGCUGGCUAAGCACACGGACCUACCCAUUGUGCUCAAGGGCAUCCAGACCCAUGAGGACGCCUUCCUUGCCGCCCGCUACGCCCCGCAGGUCAAGGCCGUCAUCCUGUCGAACCACGGCGGACGUGCGCUCGACACGGCGCCCCCCGCGGUCCACACGCUCCUCGAGAUCCGCAAGUACUGCCCCGAGGUCUUUGACCGUAUCGAGGUCUGGGUUGACGGCGGUAUCAAGCGUGGUACGGACAUUGUCAAGGCGCUGUGCCUUGGUGCUUCGGCCGUGGGGCUGGGACGGGCUGCGCUCUUUGGACUGGGCGCUGGUGGUCAGGCUGGUGUGGAGCGGGUGUUUGAGAUCCUGAAAGCAGAAGUCGAUACGUGCAUGAGGCUUCUAGGCGCCCCAGACGUGAAGUCACUAGGUCCGCAAUAUAUCAACACGGCCAUGGUGGAGAGAGACAUCUACAACGGUCCGGCCAACCUCGAGACGUUUGGGCUUUGGGACAAGGUCAAGUCGAAGUUGUGAUGAAGCAGUUGCCAGGUUUGGGAAAUUCAGCAUACACGUAUAUAGACAUCAAACGUCGUGCUUCGUUCGUCUUGACGUCUGCGGGCGUAUAUGCAUACCUGUGUUGGCCGGCUUUCCAAGGCAAACGCUUGCUCCUGGGUGAUGAUCUUCAACACAAGCACCAGAUCGUUUGUAGGUAGGACUAAUGAACUCCUUUUUGCUCAUGGAAA